AUGCUUAUACCCUACUACAAGGCCAACAACGACGUGAGGGGGAAGACGGCUUGUUCUGGACGGUUUUUUUGGAAGAUGAAGAUCUUUCCAACUUGGAAAGUCUUUUUCGGGAAAUUAUUAAAUAAGGCUUUGCCUUCGUGUACCAACCUCAUAACAAGAGGAGUGGUGGUUCAUGCAGUUUGUAAGAGCUUUGGAGUGGGCGAGGAAUCUUUGGAACAUUUGUUUCGGGACUGUGAACUGGUAAAGCGCAUUUGGGCUAUGAGCCAGUUGGGUUUACGGGUGGAGGAUAGGGGGGUUCCAAUCAAUUUAUGGGUGAGGAAUUAUAUGAGGUAUUUCUGGAAGUGUGAGCAUGAGUGUGAUGAAAAGCUUAUUGGUUUCUUAUCGACUCUUUGGAGUGUGUGGAAACAUAGAAAUGAUGUCAUCUUCAAGAACGUUCCUCCAAACCCCGGGUUAAUAGUUCAGAAUAUUUCAGAUAAUUACAGCAGAUCUUGGAAUUUUAUAGAAGGUAAGAAACGGGGGAACAAACACAACGGAGUAGCCGAGCAAGUAGGCGAGGAGGCGGUUUUCUGGGUGCAUGGUUGUACUGCAAGGGACAGUCCUGUAGUCAUGGAAAUUGAUGUGCUUGGAAAAGGGUAA